CUGCCCCUGGUCAACCUUGUAAGGAUGAUUCCUCAAAAACAAAAUGCAUAGCCUGGCACACGGCGUGCAGGACCUGACGACGCAGCCUCAGGGCCCCAGCCUGCCUACCUACCCAGUCCUUCUGCCGGCGCGCGACCAGCGCCAGCAAAGCAGCCUUCACAGCGGACACAUGCGCAAGUCGCCGCUGGCGGUACCGCUCCAGCGCGGUCAGGCUGUCCUCACGGUUCACGUGCCAGUGGACACCCGGCCCAUCAUUCCGGGCACCUACACCGUCACGGUCAAGAUGGUAGGGGGCCCUGUGUGGGGGGCUUUCCGCGGUCGCACCGAUUUGGUGCUGCAGGCGGGUGGCUAUCCCACCACCUCGGACCCCUCUAACCUGGCGUGUGCUUUUGUGGUCUCAGAGCAGUGCGCCAAAUCCGUGGGCCCCAAGGGGGAGCCCCAGGCCCCCGCAGGCCAGGGCAUCACCAACCACAUCUUUGCCUGUGUGCGGGGCCCAGUCUGGGACCCGCAGCUCUCUCACCUGCACUGUGCCAAGUUUGAGAUGCCCGGUGAGGAGCCCAUGCAGGUGGAGGUCCGUGGCGCCCCCCAGGCGGCUGGGGCGGCCACGACAGCUGCGGCAGGCAGCCCUGCUCCGGCUGCAGCCAGGGUCGCCGACCUGGGUGGCAACACCUUGGGUGUGGUGAGGCCCGCGGCUGCCAUGGCGACCGCAGCGGACAUCGUUGACCACGUGGGGGACGUGCAGAUGCAGGAGGCGGCGGGUUUGGGUGACGUGGCGGCUGCAGCUGGUGGCGCCAGCGGGCCACACAGCGGGGCCCCGCCCCCGCUGCCAGUUCUGGUGGCGGGGGGAAGCAACCGUGCUGCUGCGGCUGCCCUGCGGGCCGCGCUGCAGCAGCAGCCCUCUUCACAGCAGCGGGUGACAGCGGGAGGGCUUAGCGGGGUCCAGCCGGCGGCAGGCGUGGGGGGGCCGCCGGCGGCCAGGCCUCGCCCUGCCGGUGCUGGGCCGGCUGGCGUGCAGCAGCAGCACAGUGGCGCUCCCGCGCCACGGCCGCCCUUCGAUCAGCAGACAGCCGCUGGGCAGGAUCAGGAGCAGACCGCUGUGAUGCAGCGGUACUUGGCCGAGCUGGCGGACCUCAAUCUCCAGCGGCAACGGCGGUUACAGCAACAGCAACAGCAGCAGCAGCAGCUGCAGCGCCAGGGGCAGUCGCCCAGGCCCCGGACCGGCUCCCAGGUUGUGGUCCUGGCCACGCUGGGGGGGCAGGACGGGGCGGGCGAUGGCCCUGGCGUGGCGGCGUCACGGCGUGGGCAACGUGUUGACAUAGUUGACCACGUGGGGGACGUGCAGAUGCAGGAGGCGGCGGGUGUGGGUGACGCAGGGGCUGCCGCUGGUGGCGCCCGCGGACCACCCGCCGUGGCCUCACCCUCGCUGCCACAUCUGGUGGCGGGGGGAAGCACCCGUGCUGCUGCGGCUCCCCUGAGGGCCGAGCGACAGCAGCAGCCCUCUUCACAGCAGCGGGUGGCAGCGGGAGGGCUUAGUGGGGGGCAGCCGUCGGCAGGCGUGGGGGGGCCACCGGCGGUCAGGCGUCGUACUGCCUGUGCUGGGUCGGCUGGCGCGCAGCAGCAGCCCAGUGGUGCUCCCGCGCCACAGCCGCCCUUUGAUCAGCGGGCGGCCGCCAGGGGGGAUCAGGAGCAGACCGCUGUGAUGCAGCGGUACUUGGCCUACAUGGCGGACCUCCAUCUCCAGCAGCAACGGCGGGUACAGCAACAGCAGCAGCAGGAGCAGCAGCGCCAGAUGCAGCCGCCCAGGCCCCGGACCGGCUCCCGGUAUGAGGUCCUGGCGACGCUGGGGGGACAGGACGGGGCGGGUGAUGGCGCUGCCACGGCGGCGCCCGGGCGUGGGCGACGGGUGCAACCAGCCGCGCACGCACCGCCGCCACCGCUGCAGCAACAGCCCCGCUCCAAAGGGCGCUGUGGCCCCGCCCAGCUCCCGCAGCAGAGGGCAGGGCGCUUGGGCGGCGGGCUGCCUCCCCCGCAGGACGGUGAUAGCUCGCCGCCGCGUGUGCCCACUGGGCGGCCGACCGGGGGACAGCAGGCUGGUGGGGGCAGCGGGUUGAAGCGCCAGGGUGGAGGAGUGGGGCGGGCAGUGCCCCAGCCGCUACCCCAGGCGCGGCCGCCACUGCAAACGUCACAACCGGCGGGUGGUGGUAAGGGCAGGGACAGGGGCCUGGGCGCGCCGGCUGGGGGUUCGGCCGACACGGCUGGGCGCGCUGGUGGGGGUGCGGGCAGUGAGGCGGAGUACGGGGCCGUUUGCCUGACCCGGGACACAUGUGUUGCCAUCGGCUCUGACCUCGUGACGCACCAGAACCGCUGCGCAGAUGUGCAGGGGUUUGAGUGGGCGCAGCUGGGCCACGACACGCUUGGUGGCCGCCUCCUCGCCUACCUCCGUGACCAGGGCGCCACCGUACCGGACUGGGCCGUCUGCCGCGUGCCGGCCGGCCGUACCGCCGUCCUGGCACAGCUGCACGACGAGUUCACUGGCUGGUGGCGCCUAUACUCAGCCCAGCCUGCAGACACGCCCCUGCCUUCCGAUGUGACGGAGCAGCUGGAUGACGCCGCGCAGCAGGUGCAGACUGCCUACAUGGACUACGUGCUCCUAGACGCCCGCACCCUGCGGUCGGCUAAGCGUGGGCUGGCGGACCCUGGCGGGGCCAGCGGGCCCAGCCGCCGGCAACGCCAGCACCGCAGCCGAAGUACCUCCAGCCUCAUGAGCCUGGGCAGCGCUCCAUUGCGCCCCGGCGGCCCCAGCUCAGGCGCCGCUAGCAUGAGCACCAGCGGCGGCGGCGCGCCCCCCAGCCAGGGUGGCGGCCGCCGCGGCAAACACCACAGCAGCACCAGCAACCGCAACCGCCACGGCGCUGCCGUGGCCGCUUAUGCGCAGGCGAGGACGUGGCUGCAGCAGCUGUGGGCCUGCGUUGCGCCCCAGGCAGCGGCGCCGCCAGUGACGGACGCGGGCUUCAUGCUGGGGGACCGCAUGGCUUCUCACCGCACAGCUCAAGGCGGCUAAGCUGGAGCACUUUGUUGCCAUCUGGUCGGCGGGUGGCGCGCUUUGUGAAGUGGAGGAGGUUCAGGGUGGGUCACCGCAGUUGAACUUGCGGCUGACGCUUGCAUCACCUGUGCAGGCCCCCUAGGUUUCCUUUUGGGCGGCGGUUCUUUCCAUGCGCUGGCGUGGCGUAUUAUCAUCAUCAGCUUGUCUGGCGCCCAUGAGUACUAGCUCUGGCUGGAGUGGCAGCGCCUGGGCGGCUGUGGGACUUCCUGCACAGCGCGUCUUGCAGCGGACUGGAGCCCACUUAGUCAGCGCCACAUCUGGCCGUUUAGUUUUCUGCUUGUGUCUCCUCUGCCGGUUCUCCUGAGGUGUUGCUUAAGCAACCGACUUGUGGGGGUGGGGUGGGUUUUGGGCGGGGCGAGUGCGUAGCGCUGGUGUUUUCUUUUCUGGCGCGCAGUGGUGGUGGUUCUUGCGGUUAGGCUGUGGUGUAGGUUGGUGCUUGGGUUAGGUCUGGCGGUGUUUUUGUGCAACCCCUCCCGGGGGGCGGGGGGGCCAGCCUUCUGCUCUGUCUGCCGGGUCGGGGUGGGGUGGGGUGGGAUGGAUGGGGGUGGUGGGUGGCGGUUUUCGAGGUGUUUGUUUUCUGUUUUUCUUCUCUUUUCUUCUCUUCUUGCCCUGUCAGGGUUCUGGUCUCGGGGACCAGGCUGCUUUCCGGCAGUAGGGGGGCAGCGCGUCUGCCCCUGUUCAACCUUGUAAGGAUGAUUCCUC